GGCCGGCGCUGCGCGCACCCAUGGACGGUCCGGCCAUCAUCACCCAGGUGACCAACCCCAAGGAGGACGAGGCCCGAUCGCCCUGCGCGGGCGAAAAAGCUUCCCAGCGCAGCAUCAGCCUGAAGAAGCAGAGGGGUCGUAGCAUCCUCAGCUCCUUCUUCUGCUGCUUCCGAGACUACAAUGUGGAGGCCCCUCCACCCAGCAGCCCCAGUGUGCUUCCGCCACUGGUGGAGGAGAAUGGUGGGCUUCAGAAGGGUGACCAGAGGCAGGUCAUUCCCGUACCAAGUCCACCAGCUAAAUACCUCCUUCCAGAGGUGACGGUGCUCGACUAUGGGAAGAAAUGUGUGGUCAUUGAUCUGGAUGAGACCCUGGUGCACAGUUCAUUUAAGCCCAUUAGUAAUGCUGAUUUCAUUGUUCCCGUUGAAAUCGAUGGAACUAUACACCAGGUGUAUGUGCUGAAGCGCCCACACGUGGACGAGUUCCUCCAGAGGAUGGGGCAGCUCUUUGAGUGUGUGCUCUUUACUGCCAGUUUGGCCAAGUAUGCAGACCCUGUGGCCGACCUCCUGGACCGCUGGGGCGUGUUCCGGGCGCGACUCUUCAGAGAAUCCUGUGUUUUCCAUCGUGGGAACUAUGUGAAGGACCUGAGUCGUCUGGGACGGGAGCUGAGCAAAGUGAUCAUUGUGGACAAUUCUCCCGCCUCCUACAUCUUCCACCCAGAGAAUGCAGUGCCUGUGCAGUCCUGGUUUGAUGACAUGGCGGACACAGAGCUGCUGGACCUCAUCCCAUUCUUCGAGGGCCUGAGCAGGGAGGACGAUGUGUACGGCAUGCUGCACAGACUCUGCAGCAGGUAGCCCCUGGCUCGGGACCCUCCCGGCCUCCGGGUCACAGGGUGAAUGUCGCCAUUGCCUACCUGUUUCGUUUUGGGUUUGUUUGUUUUUUCUUUUUUAAAGAACAGAAACAACUAUUUUAAAGGAAAAAAAAAAAACUCUUUUAAUAGAUUUCAUAAAAGGACAUGCAUUUUACCAGAUUCGAUUUUCUUAAAACAUACCAAAAAGAAAAAAAAAAGGAAAAAAAAAAAGAAACCUUGGUCUCUUUCAGACGCCCUUUCAACUGUCCUCCCUCCCAAGAGACAGCCCGUCCCCUUUGUCACGAGUUGGGGCAGCUGACCCAACUCAGAAUCUCUUUCCUACAGGAUGAAGUGCCUUUUUGAAUGUUAUUUUAAGCUGAGAGUUACUUUUUGUAUACGACCUAUUUCCAGACAUCUUUUAGUCUUUUACUGUCUUAGGUAUGCUAAGACGACAAACAGGACAGUUUUCUAGAACCUGGGAGCCUGUGAGUGGUGGGGUGAGGAUGUGGCCAGGGAGAAAGCGGUCAUGGGAGCCUGCCUCCCAGCAGGUGCGACUGUCAGCCUGUGGCGUGUGCGGGAUCCCGCUCCCUCUUACAGGAGUCUUCUCGUGACGCUCGUGGUCCCCAUCCAUUUCUGGCCAGUCCAGAAUGUACCUUCCCAUGGCCCCAUGCUUUAUGAAGCAACCAAUUCCUUUUAUUAUGAUUUCCCAUGUUGAUAAAAUUUGUCUUGAGGUUGCAUUUUCCCCUUGAACGGUGACGUUAGGGUCACAUCUGCUUUCCCACAACGGUCACACGUCUGUCCCGUGUUGUUUUCCUGUUGUCAAUGGUUUGAGGAGAAUAGUUACAGAAAACCCUAAAACCCUUGGACUAUCAAGUCUUUCCUUCCGAAAGCUGGGUACACGUGGAGCUGUGUGGGACUUGCUGCUACUGCGCUGCCACCAAAUGGAACUGACCAGCGGCUGUUACACUGUUCUUUGCCACUGUGCCUAUGCUCAGAAUAUGCUCACCGCUAAACUGCAGGUUUGGACAGGGUCAGAAACGGGGCCCGCCCGCCCCAUCAAGCACGGCACCAACUGUCUCCCUUCCUUGGCCCUGGCCACCAAGAAUGCUGAAGGGCACAAAGGGUUUUUUUUUUUUUUUCCUUUAAAUAAUUAAAUAAAUAAAGGGCCAGACCAGCGCUCAGGUGUGGAUCCACUUCACACCGCAGCCAACAUCAGAGCCUAUGGAAGAGCUCCCCUGUCUCGCCUGAGAACCUGUGGCCUCGACCAGCCGCCACCUCCAUGUGGCCCAAGUCCAACUCAGCCUCUUUGGAAGCACAGCCUCUUCAAGCCAAGGGUUGGGGAAGCCUGUCUAAAUGGGAGACUCGUUGCUCCAAACCAAGGAGAAGGGCUCCUCGCUGGAGCACAGGGGUCUCUUUCGAGCCAUUCCCUGUUGGGUGUUCAGCAGUGCUGUGUUAACGUCGCUCCCCCGAAGAAUGAAAAGAGCCCUUUCGUGUUGGCACCGUUGCCUUAGUCCUCUGGGUUGGGCCUCAGCUAGAUUUCUGCUGGGAGUUGCUGGCACUAACAAGACUCAAAAUCAGGGGUCAAACUUUAAAAAAAAAUUUUUUUUUUCUUUCACAAAAUAAUGAAGCCAGCUACCUGGCCUACCUUCCCACAGUGCUUUGGUCUGGGAAACCACUGUGCAUUCAGAGCAGAAAAACAGAGGGAUCAUCAGAUCUCCUGACUUUCUGAGUGUUCCGAACCCAGCGAUCCCUGUGCCAAUCACAACAGAAACUGCCCCUUUGCUAAGCAUCACCACAGAUAACAAGUUACGUGGCAGAUCCACAUACGCCAUAAAUCCUCACGGACACCAGUCAUUAGCCGAUCCCGCUGCCUUAAGUGUCUUGGGUGUUGCAGUGUCUGCCGCUUGUUGAUUUCCACGCAGAGUGAGGCCCGGAUGAGAACCUCAGGUCAUCUGUCACCCGUGCCUCUUGCUGUACCGGUGUCACGGGCCUCAGUUUGGAAAAGGGGGCAGAAUGGACUGAAAUUCCAGAAUAUUUCAGGGGAAGUGAGCCUAGAAACAGUGCUCCGCUUCAGACAGGUUCGAGUUCUGGAGCUGCGCAUGGCCCAGCCCUCGGGGUACCGGGCGGGGAGCCCUGUUCCUACCACCGCAAACAUGGGAUGUCUCGGGUGCGUGGCAGGGCCUCUGAGGCUUCUGAAAUCCGCACCUUAUUUGACCAAGCUCCAAAAUGCCAAUUUUUCUUUCUUUAAAAAAAAAAUCUGCUUUAUGUACAUAAUUGAAAAAAGUCUAUAUUUUUUAAUCAGUUACUUGUAAAUGAAGCAAUAGAAUUCUAACAAGGCCAAGAAAGGAGACGAAUGUGUGAGGUUUAUUUUCUUAAGGUAAAUACGGGUAUUGCUUUUAAUUGUUAGUUUAUUAAAAGUGUGGGCUUGAAAAUUUAUCAGCCACUUCUGUGUGCCAUAUCCUCCCCCACGUUACCAAAACACUCCAUCUCCUUAGCCAAAAGAAACAGCUGACCUCCCAAGUUCUGUGAUCCUCUCAGCUCCACGUUCGGACCACUCUCCUAGACAUGUGCUUCCCAUGUGAAGGUCUGGGACAGGACGGGCUUGGGAUUGGGGACUCCAGCCUAUGCCUUCUGCAUGACCUCAAAUGGGGGCUUCCUGGGCACCCUGACCCCUGAUGAUGUUAGUGUUCUGUCUUCCAUUUGUUCUGGAAUCCUCCGUGUUGGUCUGUGGUUUCAUGCACUAGCUGUUUGUAAACAAUGUGUUUGUGCCCUAAUAAUACCGCCUGUCGCCCAUGGCAGUUGGUGGGGAUUCCUUUGACGCGGCGCAACGUCGAUGAGAUUGGGGACAUGAGAAUGUCCAAAUGACACUAACUUGUCAUGGUUACAGCAUUUGAAGUUGGGGUACGAAAUGAAACCUGGAAGUGUGUAUAGUCUGGCAGCGUUUUACAACCCUGGUUUCUAAUAAAAUCCGGAAACACACAGCCCUGUUGGUCAAACACUCGUGACGUGUGUGCCUCUGCUUCUCAUGGUGCUGUGCUGGACAGCUGGCACGCCAGCGGUUGGGAAGAGUGGAUGGCCUCCCCUGUGCAAACGUGCUGGCUGCCUCUGCUCCCAUGUCACUGUAUAACUGACGGUGUCUGUCCCUGGAGCCGCCCUGCAGAUGGACACCCCAGCUGUCGCGAUGCUGGUGUCUGGGGGCUUAUGGUUUUCUGCCGGAUGCUUGUGACCAUCCGGCGCUGCUUGGGAAAUACUACAUGUGGAAUAUGCACGAUUCUGGGGACAAGUAUUGUCAAUCAGUGAUUUCCCUCCUGCCAAAAAAUAAACUCAUGAAACUG